AUGAAGCUCUCCAACCUCCUCGCCAUGGGCCUGAUUGCCGCCACUCAGGCGGUCCCAACGAGUCGCAACCAGCCCAAGAAGCAGCCGAACUUUGUCUACAUCAUGACAGAUGAUCAGGACCUGACGAUGAAUUCGCCGGCGUAUAUGCCGCAUGUCCAGGCUAGCAUCAGAGAUAAGGGGACUGACUUUGCGAAUCACUUUGUUACCACGGCGCUUUGCUGUCCAUCGCGGGUUAGUUUGUUGACGGGGAAGCAAGCGCAUAAUACGAAUGUGACGAAUGUUUCGCCGCCGUGGGGUGGAUAUCCUAAGUUUAUUGAGCGCGGAUUUAACGAGGACUUUCUCCCCGUCUGGUUUCAGAAUGCCGGGUAUAAUACCUACUACACGGGGAAACUGAUGAACGCGCAUAGUGUCGACAACUACAAUGCACCGCAUGUAAAGGGGUUCAACGGUUCUGACUUCUUGCUUGAUCCGUACACCUAUUCCUACUACAACUCUACCUAUCAGCGCAAUCAUGAGCCUCCUGUCAGUUACGAGGGACAUCACACCACCGUCGUGACCGCAGAGAAGACACUGGGGUUUCUGGAAGAUGCAUUGGCGAGCGAUAGACCGUUUUUUCUCGCUACUUGCCCAAUUGCACCGCAUGCGAACAUUGAUCCAAGUGCACUAGCAUCUGACGGAGAUACGCUGAUGACUGCUGCGAUUCCGGAGCCGAAAUAUGAGCAUCUUUUUGAAGACGCCAAAAUCCCUCGUACGGAGAAUUUUAAUCCGAAAGACCCAAGCGGAGCAAACUGGAUCAAAACCCUCCCCCUUCAGAACCAAACCAUAGUCGACUACGAAGAUCACUACUACCGCCAGCGUCUCCGCUCGCUCCAAAGUGUCGACGAGCUCGUCAAUUCAGUGAUCGAACGCCUAGAAAGCAGCGGCCAGCUGGAAGAAACUUAUAUCAUCUUCACAUCCGAUAACGGAUACCAUAUUGGUCAACACAGACUGGCACCAGGCAAGUCAUCUGGCUACGAAGAGGAUAUCCGUGUUCCCUUUUUUAUUCGCGGACCGGGUGUUCCUGAGGGCCGCGUAGAUAACACGGUCACGACGCAUAUUGAUCUGGCGCCUACGUUAUUUGAGUUAGCUGGACUUCCGCUGAGGGAGGAUUUCGAUGGGACUCCGAUGCGCGUUGCUCAGGAUUCGAGCGGGAUAGUUCACGAGCAUGUUACGGUGGAGUUCUGGGGCAGUGCACCUGUGGAGGGAGAGUAUGCCGGUGUUGCGUCACCACCAGGCACGAAGCGAAAUACAUACAAGUCCAUCCGCAUCCUGGGCGAGGAAUACAACCUCUACUACUCCGUCUGGUGCAGCAACGAGCACGAACUCUAUGACUUAGCGAACGACCCCUACGAAAUCCAUAACCUCUACCCCGGCCAAUCCGCGAACACAAGCUCGACGGAUCCACACCUCUUCAACCGAGAUCUAUCCACCCUAAUCCCCCGCCUAGAUGCGCUCCUCAUGGUCCUAAAGUCGUGUAAGGCAAAUACAUGUAUCAAGCCGUGGAAUGUCCUGCAUCCGGACGGAUCAGUGCAGAGCCUGAGUGAUGCGAUGGAUGAAAAGUAUGAUCGGUUCUACGAGGAGCAGCCUAAAGUGAGUUAUAGUAAAUGCGAAGAGGGGUAUAUCGUUGGGUCUGAGGGGGCGCAGGCAGUGCUGAAUUGGGAAGCGUGGACGUGA